UCUUUGCAAGUUACUGUCCUAUACUACCAACAGACGAAGUUUGUUUAUUUUGUAUAUCCGCGAAAUAUGUACUAUGGUGUUUUGGUUAUGUUGUAUAGAAAUAUGUUUGCAUAUAUUCGAACAUAGGUAUUGUGGUUUAGUUAAAUUCGUGUGAUGUCGUAAAAUGUAUCUGUGUUGUUUGGCUAUUAUCAGUAACUGAAUAUUCAAUUCUGAUUUGUUUUCUCGACGUUUUGCUUAUUGGCGACCGUAAACUCUUAUAUUUCCAUCUCGAAUUCGACCUUCAGUUGAAUAGAGUAAAGUAUCACCACAUAAACGUUACCGCUGCCAAGGGAUUUUCCGAAAUUUAAGUCGUAUUUAUUGCUUAAUACAGUUUUAAUAUUUGCAUUUUAAUUAGGAUAUGCCAAGUAGGUAAAAACCAUGACAACCGAGUAUGAAGAACUGGCAGAUUCCCUGAAAAAGUAUGAAGAGCAGUUGGCACAAAUACAACUUGCAGUGGCAACUACUGGGUCAUUAUCAGAUCAAGACAGUUUGCUCGUACUGCAAGAACAGAUGACUCAUCUUAUCGCAUUGACUAAAGAAAACAUGACUCAACUCAGAAAUAAAAGUAGUGAUACAGUUCAAAAUGAUAACAGUGAAAAUGAGGAUUGGAACAGUUCCAGUCAGAACUCAUCUGAAACAACAUUUAAUGAAAUUAAGGAAGAUUUCCGGUCUCUUGAGGGCCUGAAAUGUCAGGCACCAUAUAAUCAUGCAUGGGGCAGCUGUAGUUACCAUAAUGCGAUUAUAUCUGGAGUUGAAAGUAUGGAGGACACUAAUUCAAUAGAUGCAAUUCAGGUCCGUGUGUUUUUUACAAAUCCAGUUUCCAAAGAGAUGGCACCUUGUGAGCAGUACUUUGCAGGUACCUGCAGAUUUAAUGAUGAUUGCCGGUAUUCUCACGGCCACAUGGUAUCACUAUCAGAUUUGAAAGAAUACAGUGAACCUGACUUUUCUGCUGUCCAACCUGGAGUCAAGGCUUUAGUAAAAAGUGACAACAGUCUAUGGGCCCAUGCUACAGUAAUAGCACUCAACAUUGAUGGAAGAUGUGAUGUUAAGUUUGAAACUAAUGGAAUUGAAACAACUGUUGAUUUGCAACAUAUACUUCCAUUAGUGGAGCCUGAGGAAAGACUGACAGCAACAGAUAGCAGUGAUACAGACAUGCCAGAGCCUUUGUGGGAUACAAAUAUGGUUGAAAGAGCCCUAAGUAAUCCUUCAGCAUCUGUUCUUGGAGAGUGGGAGAAACACACAAAGGGUAUUGGCUCCCGCCUUAUGGCACAAAUGGGAUAUGUGACUGGUUCAGGAUUAGGAAAAUUUGGAGAAGGAAGAAUUGAACCAGUAGAAGCAGUUAUUUUACCACCAGGAAAGUCAUUAGAUCAUUGCAUGAAUCUAAGAGAGAAAGCUGGUGACAAUGGAAAUAUAUUCAGUAUGGAGAGGCGACUUAAAAAAAUUAGAAAAAGACAAGAAAAACAGAGGAUAAAACAGUAUGAAGAAGAUAAAGGAAAAAAAGAUUUAUUUUCAUUUUUGAAUACCCAUUUAUCAGGGAAUACUGCAAAGUCUAAACCAGGAGUAUCAACUGUUAAAACUGCAGCUGUUCCUGGAACGUCAAGCCUUAAAACACAGUCUGCUCGUGGUCUAAAUGUUGCAAGUCUACAAAUUGGAGAAGGAAUUCGCCGAGCUGAAAGAGAUCUUGCUCACCUUAAUGAGUCUCUUUCACGUCACAGUAAAGGAUCUGUGACAUACAAAACACUGCUUGCGAAACAGGAAGAAAAGAAGAAGGAACUAAUGAUGCUAAAAACAUCAGAAUCUGCUGUUAAUAAUGAGCGAAGUCAGAGAAAUGAUUACAAAAAAAUGACAACAUUCUGAUCUUCAAAAAGAACCAAAGAUUAGAUAGCACAGCUGAAUUGUUGGUGUUUAGAAUUGUGGGUUGCAUUGGGCUCUCAACCCAGAUGUGAGUUAAAUUGCUAGUUUCCACAGGUAUGUGUCAGCACACACUCCACGGCAAAGUAAAAGUUUUAUUGGGAAAUAAAGCUCUUUCUUGUUAAACCUUCUCAAGUAUUGGAGAAAUGUGAAAAGAGAAGAGGUAAAGUAAAAGAUUAGUUUUCUAAAGCAUAAAAGAUAUUAUUGUAAACAGGAGCAUAGAAAGGAAAGCUGUGAUCUUUAUGACUCGACAAAGCCAAAUGUAGUCCUGGCUGUUGAAGGAACUGGAUGUGGACAUGUAACACUGCCAGCGGGUGCACAUUUGUUGUCUUUUAGCUAUGUGGUAGUCAUUUCAGAGAUCAUUAAUUAAGUAAUGUGUCAAAGUGUUCCACUUGCUUUAACCCCAAUGUCUUCCUCAGACAUAGACAUAAUGGUGCUACACUCAAGCUGGGACCACAGUUUGCCUUGUUGGGUAAUAAAAAAUAUGUUUUUGUGUAUAGAUUCAAGAUAGUUGUAAGAAAAUGAUAUGUUCUUUUAGUGCAUCCAAUAAAAUUAUAAGAAUAAUA